ACUGACGAAAAGCGAAGCCAAAACCCAAAAUCCAUCCAAAGCUGUCCGUCUCUCCGCAGGCCAAGAAUCCCAAAAGCCUCAAGAGAUUUCACAUAAAUGCGCGCUUUGUAGUUUGUAGAGAGAAAAAUAUAUAUAUACUGAUGAUGGCGUACCAGCUGGAGAGCCUGGUGCAGUCGAUAAAGAAGAAGGUGAGUGGGGCGCUCAAGAAGUCUAAGAAGCCGUACGUGAAGAUGGACAAGAGCUCCAGCGUCCGCGUCGAGAUCCGCAGCCGGAAGGCCCGGAAGCUCAUCGACAAGACGCUCAAGGUCGCCGACCAACCUGGCAAGCGUAGCGUUUCUUGAGAACACCUCCUGUUUCUUUACUUCUUUCUCUAUAAAUAUGGGUGGGAUCGAUAGAUUGAUAGAUCGAUAGUUAGAUCAUUAGAAUAAGAUUGUCUGUCUUUCUCUCUUUUUCGAUCUGGGUUUUCUUUGUUUUGUCUUGUGCCUACCGAUUCUGUGUUUUUGUUCUCUUGAAGAUUUCAAAACCUUUGAAAAUGGGGGAGAAAAAAAAAGGAGAAGAGAUAAGGGUUGAAACCGUUUCGGAUUGGCUUAUAUAUAUGGAAGAAGCAAGAAUUUGAUCCCGAUA